AAAAUUAAAUUCUAAUUCUACGGCCAAUCGGUUCGCUUUUCCCUUGCGCCUGCAUUGCUUUCCCCGUCGUACCUUGGACCUCUUCCACCCCCCAUCGCCUGUCGAUCUCUCCCUCUCUCUCUCUCUCUCUCUCUCUCUCUCUGUCUCUCUCUCCCCCCGCCUCUUCCUGGCUUCGUCCGUCUCUCCGGUUGCCGUAGUGAAUUUAUUUCUAUAGCGGUCCUCAGCAAUCCAAUCUGCAGACGCACCUUUCCUUUUUCUCCUGGUUAAUUAUUAAUAAUAAUAAUUCUCACCUCCGUCCGUCCCUCCCAUCCCCGAGAGGUCGGCGAAUUUAGGGCUUAUCGGAUCCUUGCAGCCACCGACUCUUUCUCUUCCGUUGGCCUAGAUCGGAGGAGGGAGGGAGACAGACGGAGAACUAGGACCUAGGCUAGGAUCAGAGUUACAAAGGGAGAGAGAGGCAGGCAGACAGAGACACAGAGAGAGAGAUUUGGGGUGGGAUGUUCGCGAGUCGGCCGUCGGUGCACCCGGUGGAGGCUCCCCCUCUGACGGAUGCGGCGGAGAACCCGGCCGGGGUGAGGAUGAAGGAUUUCCAAGGCAUGCCGGGCACGCCCGGAGGCCUCGCCCUUCGCCUCUCCCAAUUCCUCUUCGCUGUUGCCGCGCUCUGCGUCAUGGCCUCCACCUCCGAUUUCCGCUCCGUCACCGCCUUCCGCUACCUGGUUGCAGCAGUCGUCCUGCAAAGCUUGUGGAGCCUUUCACUAGCCCUUGUGGACAUUUAUGCGCUUCUUGUGAAACGCAGUUUGCGGAAUCCCCGAGCUGUGUCCCUGUUUACCAUCGGAGAUGGGAUCACAUCGACUCUCACCUUCGCAGCUGCAUGUGCUUCUGCCGGCAUCACGGUGCUGAUUGGGAAUGAUCUCGACAUCUGUGCGCAGAAUCACUGUGCAAGUUUUGAGACUGCUACCGCCAUGGCUUUUAUCAGCUGGUUUGCAGUGUCACCGUCCUUUCUUAUGAACUUCUGGUCACUGGCUACUAGGUGAACAACUAAGAAGAAAGUUUCUCCCAACUGUUUGCUAUCCGUGUUGAUUGUGUUUUCGUUCUUGCUUUAUUUUUAUUAAUACCCACAGCCAAACCGAUGUAAUUGUCAUAUAUAUGGUACUUCGUAUUAUUGUGACUUGGGUACGGAGUUGUGCAGCAGCUGACAUUGUAAUGCGAAAUUUGGAAAGCACCAAAUUGUUGUAUCAUUUUUGAGUGUUGUAGGUGGAAAUGUGCUCGAAGAAACUAUUGGAAGUCCGUUGUACAUAACAUGGGAUUUGAUUAUUCACCGGACAUUUUGCAGUGAAAAGCUGUAGAUUUUGUGGA